AUGAAACUAUUUUUCCAACUUUUUACAGGCUAUUAUCUGUUCAUCGAAACUUCAAGUCCACGACAGUUCGGUGAUAAAGCUAUAAUUUUAACACCGUACUUGGACGGCCCACAAUGCAUGAACUUUUCCUACCAUAUGUACGGUGGUGAUAUUGGAGUAUUGAACAUCUAUGCGAAUAACCAAAGGAUGUUUUCAAAAUCGGGAAAUCAAGGAAACCGAUGGGUGGGUGUGGAAACGCCGAUCUUACAAGGUGGAAGAUAUAUGGUGAGCAAAGAAAGCAGUAUUUCAGAUACACUGACGGUAGCACAAUAUUUGAAGUAAAGACCAUAGGAGGUUCUUUUCUUGGGUAUUAACACACAUUAUUUUUUGCACCUAACCCGAAAGCAUAACUCAACGCUAUUGUGACACAAAAAUUUCGUUUUAAUUUCGUUUUCAAGAGCCAAAAUAAAACUAAUUAAUCAAUUUUUUGUAUAAAUAUUUAAGGUUAAGUUUGAAGGUGUUAGCGGUCGUGGUUACGAAGGUGACAUUGCAAUCGAUGCAAUCAGCUUCACUCCAGGAAGUUGCUCAUUCCAAACACCAAAACCAUCAACACCUCGGCCAACAAAUCCUCCAACCACAUCAACACUUCGGCCAACAAAUCCUCCAACCACAUCAACACCUCGGCCAACAAAUCCUCCAACCACAUCAACACCUCGGCCAACAAAUCCUCCAACCACAUCAACACCUCGGCCAACAAAUCCUCCAACCACAUCAACACCUCGGCCAACAAAUCCUCCAACCACAUCAACACCUCGGCCAACAAAUCCUCCAACCACAUCAACACCUCGGCCAACAAAUCCUCCAACCACAUCAACACCUCGGCCAACAAAUCCUCCAACCACAUCAACACCUCGGCCAACAAAUCCCCCAACCACAUCAACACCUCGGCCAACAAAUCCUCCAACCACAUCAACACAAUCUCCGACUCAAGCAGGUACUGUAGUGGUCUACUACUUUGAUUAUUUUUUUAAUUAAUACAACCAAGUCACUAUUUCACGUGUCCGGGUUGUGCUCCACUGCCCGUUCAUCUUCAUAUUUAGGAAAGUAAUAUAUUUAUGAAAGUAUAUAUAUAUAUAUAUAUAUAUAUAUAUAUAUAUAUAUAUAUAUAUAUAUAUAUAUAUAUAUAUAUAUAUAUAUAUAUAUAUAUAUAUAUAUAUAUAUAUAUAUAUAUAAUACUUAGCAAAGUAAUAUCACAACUUGUGGAGAUAAAUAGUCUUGCAAGUAUGUAAGAUAAGUAAGCAUGAUAAUACUUGAUAUAAAAGAUCAUGGAAAAGCCCCGAUGGCGAGUGAGCUAAAUAAUGUAUGUAUGUGACUGUGUAUGUGUGUAUCUUCCCCGAUCUAAGGUCUGUGUACUGACUUACUGCGACGUCCAAUACCUUUUGACAGGAAUUUACCUAUAGUGUAGGUUCCAAUUCACCCCAGAAAGAGGCUAACGAUAAAUGUGCUGGUUGUGCCCGACAACUAAUAGUUUUUGCAUGAUGAGGGACAAGAUAGAGUACAAUUUUAAUUUCUACUCUAUGCAGCUAGAAAACUGCUCAUACAAACCUCGCCAAAAUUAUAUAUAAGUUAAAUUAUUAUGUAUUGAAUGUUUUUGUGGCGUUUUCUUCGUUGUAAAAAUUGGGAAAACUGCUCAGAUCAUACAUAAACUGUCUGUACCAGUGUUGGUAGUACCAAUGUGAAAAUGCUGUGCUGAGUGCAUGGUUAUACUACUACCUUAAAAAAUUAGUUAGUACUAACUCUUGACGAAGGGCCUUCGCUCGAAACGUCGAGUUUCUGCUUAUUUUUUUAGGUAAUAAUAUAACCACUCAGCACAGCAUUUUCAAAUCAUACAUGCCUUGAUUUGUAUACAAUAUAUUAAAGAAAAAUGACAUUCUAGUAUUUUACCAUUUUGCGAUUUCGGAAAAAAUUAAAUCAUGAUGUACAAUGAUAUCCAAAAGAAUAAAUUAUUUGACAAUUUUUACUUGAAAACACUUUAAAAGGACUAGUUAAUCUAGUCUAUUUUACCGCCACCAUCUUGUUUUUCGCGUAAAUCUCGCGCAUGCGCAGAUAAAUUGCACCUAUGUUGAGUUGACCAUAUCUGUAAUUUCAACCUUGCUUUCUUAGGUCACUAUAUGUUGGAUUCACUAUUUAUUGCGUGACUGCAGAGUUAUGUUUCCAUCUUCGUUUCCAGGCCAUGUGUAGUGUUUUCGUUUCCCCACUUGGCUUCGCACUUCGCGCCGCCAUGCAGGGCAGGGUUGAUAUCAAGUUACUAUUGGAGAUCGUGGUGCUAACGCUAAACUUAACUGUUUAAAAUUAUAUACAAUAACUAUUUACACGUAAUACAGGGUGUCCCAAAAAACCCAAACUAUUGAAAUAACGUACUGUUUAAUAAACUCGCAGGUCGUGUUUUAUUAGGUCUAAAGCCACUUGCGCACGACUACAAAUUCAAUAGAUAUACUGCCUUAUUAGCAUUCUUUAUAUAAAGAAUACUAAUGAUGACACGACUACAAUAGAUACUGCCUUAUUAGCAUUCUUUAUAUAAAGAAUACUAAUUAGGAGUGUUUUAUCAGGUUUAAAGCCGCUACACGUGACAUAUUAUCAGGUUGACAUGAUUUGCCAAUAAGCUUAUGAAUUAUUAAUGAGACAAGACGCCUGCUCAGGCGUUCACACUGGCCUGAAAAUAACGACAUACGUGCUAUGGUGCAAAAGGCAGGAAUACAAAUCAUAAAAAAAUUAAAAGACCUUUUAAAAAAAUAAAAGACCUUUUCGGGAGACGUAAUGGUGCAAAUCUAUAACUAGGAGUUACUAUCGCAAGGAAAGUACUGCCUUUUUGGCAUAUGAACUGAAUGCAAAAAUUUAUAUACUUCUAGACAAUUCUCUAUUCUUGGUUAUAUCCCCAAUGUUUCCUGCACAAAUUUGUUUCUCGUUCAUCAUUUAAGCCCGUUCACAAACUCAUUCUUAAAUUGUGUGCACGGAAUACGAGUAAAUAGCCAACAUGAAAAUGAAGCCAUUGGGUCAAAAGUGGAUAUUAAGGUCUAUUAUUAACCUAUUAGCUGCCAAUGCACACUACUUUAGUAUUAACUCUGGCUAACGCCAGACCAAUUUACACUGUGUAACGCCAGAUGAUUUUACUUGUUAGUGGCAGAGUACUGUCAGUAAAUGGGUUAACAAACACAUCUGCCAAUGUCUCUUAUUAACCCAUUAACAGGCAAUGCACCCUGCUUCAAAUAUUCUUUAGUAACUCUUCAGAAUUUGCUCAGAGUCAAUGCGAGUAAAAUACAUUUUGUAUUCAAGCUCUUUCAUAUACAAAGUUUCGUUUGAAUACGGCACAGUGCAUGUAGGAAUAUUUAUUUUGAAUUUUUCAAAAUAUCCGUUCGGGUUUACUCGCACGCACGCGCCACGUUUAUAGCUCGAUCGAUGCACGUGCAAAUCAUGCCGACCUACAGAAUCGACAUGCGCCGCGCUAUAAAAAUAUAAAUAUUCAAAGGAUUAGUUUUUGAUGAGGGUGGAAAACCGAUCUACCCGGAAAAACCCACGUCUAACAAUGAUCUAAGCACAGGAGAGAACAAAACAAAGAAGCACAUAGAGUAACACAACGUAAGCAAAUAUACCCUGCGCUGGAUGAACAGCAGCAGGCCCAAUAUACCUUAUGCAGAACGACAUCACAAGGUUUGAUGCCCACAAGGAAUGCUGGUCUUAGUAGUCAUCGCCCGGGAAAAUUAAAGAAUUAAAAAUGGUCACUAUCGAAAUUUCCCGGGCGACUACUACUUUGGACCUUAGGUGUCGCGCACGUGUAUCGUUGACGUUAGGCUCUUGCUUGGGUGAAUUGGAACCCACAUCCCGUGCAAUGGACCUUAUGCAUGACGUCACAAGGCUUGAUGCCCACGAGGAAUGCUGGUCUUAUAGUAGUCAUCGCUCGGGAAAUUUCGAUAGUGGCCAUUUUUAAUUCUUUACAGUCAAUUUCAGCUGACUUUUCAUCGUAAGAUUCCGAACUUCGUUUCCCGAACUUCGCAAAUUCGUUGCCAAGUUCAAAAGUUCAUAAUGAAAUUCACAAACAGGUUUGUAAACUGGGCAUUUGAUUGGCUGGUUUGAUUUAAUAGCCAAUCAGAGGCUUUGUUUACAAACCUGUUUGUGAAUUUCAUUAUGAACUUUUGAACUUCGCAACGAAUUUGCGAAGUUCGGAACGAAGUUCGGAAUCUUACGAUGAAAAGUCAGCUGAAAUUGACUGUAAUUUUCCCGGGCGAUGACUACUAAGACCAGCAUUCCUCGUGGGCAUCAAGUCUUGCGACGUCAUGCAUAAGGUCUAUUGCACGGGAUGUGGGUUCCAAUUCACACAAGCAAAAGCCUAACGUCAACGAUACACGUGCGCGACACCUAAGGUCCAAAGGCGCGAUUAGUUUUAGAUUAGGAAGGAAAACCGGUCGACCCUGAAAACCACAUCGAAGCACAGCAAAGAACUAACCAAAGAAGCACAGAGAGUAACUCAAUGUAAGUUAAUACCCUACGAAGGAUCAACAGCAGCAGGCUCAAAUCAGCGUUAAGGAGAUAACCACGUACAUCUGUCAUUUCAACAUUACUUGCAUACGUUAUUGCGCGUUGCAUUCACUAUUUCUUGCGUGCCUGCGGCAGAGUUACGUUUCCAGGCCAUAUGUAGUGUUUUCCUUUCGCCACUUGAGUUCGCACUUCGCGAGACCAACGCAGGGUUGACGAUUUGACGUUGACUUAAUUUAAUCAAGUAAAUUUCACUUUCUUAAUUUAACUAUUGUUUAGCCAAUUGUAACUUUGACAAUGGAGAUACCUGCAGUUAUCAAAAUGGUGCUGGACAGUUUAAUUGGACGGUUAAUAGAGGUCAAACACCCAGUAGUGGAACAGGACCAAGCUCUGACGUCAGCGGCAGAGGUAAACUGUUCAAUAAACUUUUAGGUCCUAGAAACAGUGAAAGAUAUGAUUAGGGUUACGAUGGGUUUCUUUAGCAUAAGGUUUGGACAUUUACGAUAAAUCGCAAUUAGGUUUGGGUAGGAUCUUAACAAUAACUUAUUCCGUUGUUAACACUAAAAAUAACGUCCCUAGAUUCUCAAACUGUCGGCGUUUUGCUCGUCCUAUUUUAAAGAGAUACGAAAAACUUAAACUUUUUGAGUAAACGCUCCUCAUCCGCAAAUUGGUUCACUUUUCUUAUUUUGUAAGAAGCUUGGUCAAAAACUCUACUGUGUACUGAAGCCGAGCUACUGCCUACCCAGGACUCCCAUGGCGAUAGUAUGAAUUCUAGAUAUCAUCGGCGCUUAGACUCACGUUACAAGACGACUGCCUUUGAAAAAAAUGGUCAACGUGGCCGAAUAUUUGAUGUAACGCGAUAUUAGUUGAUUCAAGUACAACUUUGUGACGUUACAAUUAAUUUUGUUUUGGUCAAUAAAAGUAUUUUUUCAAAUUUUUAUAGGUUUUUAUCUGUUCAUCGAAACUUCAUUUCCACGACAGUUCGGUGAUAAUGCUACAAUUUUAACACCUUACUUGAACGGCUCACAAUGCAUGAAAUUUUCUUACCAUAUGUACGGUGGUGGUAUUGGAAUCUUGAACAUCUAUGCGAAUAACCAAAAGAUCUUUUCAAAAUCGGGAAAUCAAGGAAACCGAUGGGUGGGUGUGGAAACGCCGAUCUUACAAUUUGGAAGAUAUAUGGUGAGUAAAGAAAGCAGCAUUUCCAUACAUACUGUACACAAUAGCACAAUAUUUGAGCCUGGCAAGACCAUUCUCGUUUCAAAAUGGCAGGGAAGAAGGCCCUGAGGAAACUGCGGUACGAACAUUCGUCAUUCGUUUCCCUUGGGUCUGAACCCACAAUAUUUUUUAACCGAACACGAAAGGAUAUCCAAAUGCUGUUGCUGGACAAGGAUUUCAUUCCAAAUUCGUUUUCAAGAGCCAAAAUGAAACUGAUUAGUCAAUUUUUUGUAUAAAUAUUUAAGGUUAAGUUUGAAGGUGUUCGCGGUCGUGAUUACCAAGGAGAUAUUGCAAUCGAUGAAAUCAGCUUUACUCCAGGAAGUUGCUCAGGUACUGUACUGGUCUACCACUUUUACUAUUUUUUAGUUAAUACAACCAAGUCACUAUAUACCAAUGAUGAUCAUAUGUCCGGUUUGUGUUCCACUAUAUUCCCGUUCAUCUUCAUAUUUAGGAAAGUAAUAUCACAAUUUGUAAAGAUAAAUAAUCCAGCAAGUAAGUAAGAUAAGUAAGCAUCAUACUUAAUGUAAAAGGUCACGGAAAAGCUCCGAUGACGUGUGAGUUGAAUAAUGUGUGUAUGUUAGUUAGAGCGCUGCUCCGGAAUGGCAAGGCCGUAGGUUCGAUUCCUACCAGAGGACCUUGUGCUGCAUUUUUCACAGUCGUUCCUGGUUAGGUCUUAAAAUGUAUAUAUUCUCACUUUGAUUACAAACCCUAACAUCCUAAUAUUAAUUCCACCAAGUGAAGUGCAAGAACUAAAUUAUUCAAGUCCACCUUAUCACAACCCGCACACCCGAUUACCUAUAUAUACAUGAACUUACGGUUACAGCUCAACAGCUGGCCUCUGUAGCUCAGUUGGUUAGAGCGCUGCUCCGGAAUCGCAGGGCCGUAGGUUUUUCUUACAGGAGGACCUUGUGCUGCAUUUUUCGCAGUCGUUCCUGGUUAGGUCUUAAAAUGUAUAUAUUCUCACUUGGAUUACAAACCCUAACAUCCUAAUAUACCGUACAAUACCUUUUGACAGGAAUUGUCUGGAAUUUGCCUUUUGACAGGAAUCUUUGCUUAAUGCAAUUACAGAGUGUGUGGGUUCUAAUUCACCCCAGCAAGAGGCUAACGAUAAAUGAGCCCGACAACUAAUAGUUUUUGACGAGGGAGGAAAACCGGUCGACCGGGAAAAAAACCCACAUCUAUGCACAGGAGAGAACCAACCAAUUAAACUCAUAGGGUAAAUCAAUGUGUAAACACCCUACGAUGGAUUAACAGCAGCAGGCUCAAUUCAGGGAUAAGGAGCUGACCACAUCUGUCAUUUCAACCUUGCUUUCCUAGAUUAUUGUCGGUUAAAUUCACCAUUUAUUACGUUACGGCCGUAUUAUGUUUUUAUCUUCGUUUCCCGGCCAUAUGCAGUAUUUUCGUUUCCCCACUUGGCUUCGCACUUCGUUAGGUUAGGGCGGGGUUGAUAUCGAGUUAAAUGAGACCGAACUGGAAGUGAGUCAGGUCUGUUCAUAAGCUAGCCAUCCAUCGGGCACGCGUCAGGCAUAAACUUAUGCAAAGAGCUAACGACUUGUUUCGAUUGAAUGUCCAGUCAAGUCAGGCACGACUACAAACUCCCCAUUUGGAUAAAUUGGAUUAUUGAUUGAGUAAACCAAAUAUAUACUAAUAAGGUAUUGGAGAUUGUGGUGUUAAUCAAAUAAAUUUCACUUUCUUAAUUUCAUUUGUUUUAGCCAAUUGUAACUUUGACAAUGGAGAUACCUGCAGUUAUCAAAAUGGUGCUGGACAGUUUAAUUGGACAGUUAAUAGAGGCCCAACACCCAGUAGGGGAACAGGACCAAGCUCCGACGUCAGCGGCAGGGGUAAACUGUUAAAUAAAUUUUUAGAUCUUAGAAACAGUGAAGGAUAUUGUUGUGAUCAAGAGACAUGACCAAGAAAAGUAAAAUAUAUUUAAUAAAGCAAAACAAACAGGCCCAAUACAGCAAUACUAAAUUGUGUUACGGUUAAACAAAAACAACAUGCUUCUUUAUAGUCUCAGGCCUCCAGGCGUAUUGCCAGGCAUGCGGGCAAUAACAUAAAUAAAUUAACAUAACAUUACAACCCCUUUUUUAAGUAAAUGUUUUGAAAAUAGAAAAAGUCAGGUUUAACAGCAAGUUCUAGUCAAUAUAGAAUUGUUUUUACUACGACUCGGUCCAAGACCUCAUGAUUUCACAAUUGCAAAGUCUCGCAUAUGAGUAGGUGGCUUUGCAACUCUACCAGAACGAGUUUGGAUGCCCUGUUCACUGUUGUUUCGAACACAAGGUUGUCUUGACUGUGGCGCAGAACGAUCAGAAGUAGACCUUGAUGGGAGUAAAGGUGGAUGAUUGGGAGUAAAGGUUGGUUGAUUGGGUUGUGGUAGUUGUGCCGCUAAAGGGGUAGGUGGUAUAUCCAUUUCAUCAGCAGCAGCAUCAUACAUAUCGAAUCUUUCCGGCGUGCUAAGAAGAUCUCUUCUAUUUCUACGUAUGAUUGUUCCUUUCUCUGUUUUAACAGCAUAAGAUCUUGGCUGCUCAACUCUUUCCAUUACCUUUCCCUUCACGUGCCAUGAUUUACCAUCCCUAAUUCGUACUGAUUGUCCUUCUUUAAGAGGUUGCAAAUUCUUUGCAUGUUGAUCGUGAUACCAGGGUUUUUUCAGGGAAUUUUUAGGGCCGUUAAACACGUUAAACGGCCCCAAAAUCUCAAUCUUGAAUUGAGUUUUGAAACUCAAUCUUCUCACCAAAGUUUCAGUGCAGUAAAAAUGAAGUUCUUUGGGCUAAAUUCGUGACGUGUGGAAAUUAGUUUUCAGUUGGAAACCCGUCAAUUAAAAAAAAAUGGCUGGAAUUCAUCUCACAACACAAGAAAAACUAUGCAUUCGCCAUCUUUAACCAAUUUAUAGUGUCCCUUAGUGCCCCUGCUUUAACACAUUCCGUCUCAACUACAUUUAUUGAGUACAGGUGUCAGCCCCCCGGUAGGGGAGGGGGGGGGGGUGCAGCCACCCCAGCUGUUCAGCUAAACUCAAUCUUCUCUGCAAAAGCGGACCCAAGAGAAAAUCCUGAAAAAAACCCUGGAUACUCUUUAACCUUUUGUGACCCAAGCAAAGUAGGUGAUGUUUUCUCAGUUUUUAUUGAAGGUAAAGGUGUUCGAAGAUGGAGAUUCAUUACCUUAAAUUAAUGCUGGAGACGGGAAAUUGUCAGUUCGAGGAGUUGAACGUAAUGCAAGUAGUGCAAGGCAAGGGUCAUCGCCACUUUUAAGAGCCUUUUUUAUGGUCUUCUUUACAGUUUGAAUAGCUUUUUCUACGAAUCCAUUUCUCUUUGGGUAUCUGGGGCUUGACGUAUCAUGUUGGAAACCCCACUCUUUCGCAAAUGAUUUAUACUGAUGUGAAGAAUAUGGAGGACCAUUGUCACUAACAACAGUCGUAGGUAUACCAAAUCGAGCAAAUAUACUUUUGGUAUGUUGCACAACAAUUGAGGCUAGGGUAUUUGGAAGAGCACUUACUUCGAAAUACUUCGAUGUGUAGUCAACAACAAUCAGGUAAUCUUUAUUCUUUAACUGAAACAGAUCAGUUCCCACUUUCUCCCAAGGAGUUGAUGGAACUUCAUGAGGAAUCAGUUUUUCAGACGGCUGAUAAUUUCUGUUUUCCACGCAAGCAUCACACGUAGAAACAAUAUCAACAAUUUCACUAAUCAUACCUGGCCAAUAAAGUGUUGAUCUGGCACGAUCUUUACACUUUUCUAUUCCAAAAUGACCAUGAUGGAUCUUUUGUCGCAUUUCAUCUCGAAGACUUGAUGGUACAAUGAUUCUGUCACAUUUGAGCAAGACGUCUUCAUAAAGCGUGAUUUCGUUGUCGAAAACUGUAAUAUGGCCUUACAGCAGGAUCAACUUGUCUCGCCUUGUCUGGCCAUCCAUUUAGUACACAAUUCUUUAAUUUCUGUAAAUCAGGAUCCUUUGAGAUCUCCAUAGCAAACUCGGACAAUUUCGACUUGGAAAUUGUUCCCUGAUCAUUAAUCAUGUGUAAAAUACAAUUUAGUUCAGAUUCAGGUAUUUCUGGAUUUGAAACAUCUAAGAAUGCACGACUGAGUGUAUCUGCUACAGGAAUGUCCUUUCCAGGUACAAACUUAAAAGUAAACAUAUAAGGCUGAAGCCUUAGCAGAAAUCUGGUAUAAACUUACCUAAAUAGUUACACAUUCCGAGAAAUAUCUGUAGUUCAGUUUUAUUCUGAGGAACAGGCAUGUCAAUGAUUGCCGAAAUCUUUCUUGGAUCAGCAUAGACACCACCACCAGACAGUACAUGUCCGAGAAAUGUGAUUUGAGUAACACAGAAUUGACAUUUUUUCCGGUUCAGCUUGAGACCAGAGUCUUUAAUUCUAGACAAUACCUCGUGUAGACGUUGAUCGUGAACUUCUUUUGUGUCACCCCAAACUAUGAUAUCAUCUUGAGCGUUUGCGGCUCCUUCGAUUCCUUCAAUAAUUUCUGCGAUAUCCAACUGAAAAAUUUCGGAUGCAUUUGAGACACCGAAAGGUAAUCUAUUAAAUUUAUAACGUCCAAACGGGCUAUUGAAGCACAACAACUUUGAGCUUUCCUCAUCAAGCUUGGUUUGCCAAUAUCCUGAAGAAGCGUCAAGCUUUGAAAAAUAUCGAGCACCAGUCAUCUUUGAGAUAAUAUUCUCUGCGGUAGGUAGUUGUAGAUGAGCUCUUUUGAUGGCUUGGUUUAGAUCCAUCGAAUCAAGGCAAAUACGAAUACUUCCAUCUGGCUUUUCAACAACUACCAGACUUGAAACCCCUAUCUGUUGGCUCAGUGACUUUGGAUAUAACCCCGAGUUUCUCCAUUCUGUCAAGUACGUAGGUUGGAUGGUCGUAGGAACAAGUCGUGGAGGGUGAAUAACUGGCGGAACAUUAGGGUCAAUAACCAUCUUGUGAACUUUGGGCAGAGUACCAAGUUCUCCAAAGCAACAUUCAAAUUCAGAAAUGAAGCUGGGCAAUUGUUCCUCCUUCGGUUUUACUACCAUCACGCGUUUAACUAAGUUUAAGUUCUCACAUGUAGAAAGGCCCAAUAUUGGUGGUGAAGUCGUUUCUGCGACAAUAAACAGAACAGGUACAUCACGAUUCUUUUUAUGGGCAUCUUUCCAACAACAGGAAUAUUAGUUCUAUUAUAAGCAGUUAGCUUCACUUUCGUAUUAUUUAACUUUGACAUUCGUAUCAACCUAUUAGGCUUUUCUGAGAUUUUGGUAAGACAUUGACUUGGGCACCAGUAUCUAACUUGUAUCUGGCAUUACUACCUUCAGUGUCCAUGUCAACUGUCCACUCAGGCUCAUUCUCAGACUCGGAAUCAAAAAUAAAAAUUCUAAAUUUAUUUGACUCAUUUUUCUUAGUGGUUGAGUUCCUUUCUUCUCCCCUUAUGACAGGGUUAGUCUGAAUCUCAGUAGUGUCAACAUUAACACUUCCUACAAAAAAUGUGUCAUUGGGUGCAUCAUCAAAUGUGUCUUCGGGUGCAUCAUCAUCUGAAUCAGCAUCAUCGUCACAUUAACGUUUUUGACAGACUUGUUUUUUUCUGGACAGCACCUUGCAAAAUGAUUAAACUUAGAACAUUUCAUGCAUUUUUUCCCAUAGGCAAUACAGCUUCCCCGUUUAUGAGAAUAUGAGCAAAACUUACAAUUUUUAAUUAGGGACUUAUCGUAACCAACUGAUUCUUUGCCAGAGUUUUCCUUUUCAUCUCUUGCAAACUUCCUUCUACGAAGAGUGUCAACAGAAUUCUUGCCAUCGACGUCUUUCUGGAGUUCUUUUAUAUGUCUCUUCGUCUCCUCAGCAGCAUGUCCAAUUUGUAUAGUUUUCUGCAGUGUUAAUUCUGGUUUCCUACGAAGACGUUCACGUACGAAGACGGUUGUCAUUAAUUCCACAUAUUAUAAUGUCACGGAUGAGGCUUUCACGAAGUACUUCAAACUCACACUCAGCACUACGCUUUUUUAGCUCAGUAACGAACUCAUCUUGAUUGACCAUCUCUCGGCUUACAUGUAAAGAAUUUGUGGCGCAUAAAUGUAAUGUUCUUUCUUGGACUACAGUAAUCUUGAAACAUUUGUACGACUUUGAAUUUCAUUUCCUCUCCUUCAUCGAACUGAAACGUAUGAUAAAUUUCUCUACCUUGCUUUCCGAUGCAUGUGAGAAGUAUUGAUGUCUUUAUUUUAUCAGAUUUUCCAUCCUUCUCAGUAGCCGUAAGAUAGAGUUCUAGUUCUAGUUCUAGUUCUAGGCGCCACUUCUGCCAAUUUUCACAAAGGUUACCUUCGAACCUUAAACAAGAUGGCGGCUCAAAUUUGUCCAUUUCGCUUUGCCUUUCAGGCCUUUAAAAUUAAUUCUACAUGAUUGGAAAAGAUGCACAGCCUUCAAUUUUUAAAACAAAGCAAGGAUCUCCUGCUUAACGAAGGGAUUAUAAAUAGUAUAUCGUAUUUCACUCCUAACUUGAUUAAUUGUUGGCAGACAGUUUUCAAGUUCGCGCAUAUUUUGUAUGCGCAGUAGAACCGUGACACUGCCCCAUUAAAACUAAAAAUAACAUCGUUAAACUGUCGGUGUUUUGCUUGUUCUACCCUAAAUAGAUAAGGAAACUUAAACUUUUUUAAGUAAACGCUCCUCAUCUGCAAAUUGGUUCAAAACUCUAUUGUGUAUUGAAGCUUGCUACCAACACAGACUCCCAUACCGAUUAGUGUGACCGUAAAAAGUAUCAAUUCUAGCUAAUAGUCGCCGCCUCAGACUCACGUUACAAGAAGACUACCUUUGAAAAAUGGGCAACAUGGCCGGAUAUUUGAUACAACGCGAUUUCAGUUCAAGUACAACUUUGUGACGUUACAAUUAAUUUUGUUUUGGUCAGUGAAAGUAUUUUUCCAACUUUUUACAGGUUUUUAUCUGUUCAUCGAAGCUUCAAGUCCACAACUGUUCGGUGAUAAUGCUACAGUUUUAACACCUUACUUGAACGGCCAACAAUGCAUGAAAUUUUCUUACCAUAUGUACGGUGGUGAUAUUGGAGUCUUGAACAUCUACGCGAAUAACCAAAGGGUCUUUUCAAAAUCGGGAAAUCAAGGAAACCGCUGGCUGGAUGUGGAAACGCCGAUUUUAGAACGUGGAAGAUAUAUGGUGAGUAAAGAAAGGAGUAUUUCAGAUACACUGACAACAGCACAAUAUUUGAGGCAAGGCGAUUCUCAUUUCAAAACGGCAGGGAAGAAUUAGAUCCUGGGGAAACUUCGGCACGAACAUUCGUCAUUCUUUUAAUUUUUUGGGUCUGAACGCGCAAUAUGUUUUAACCCAACCCGAAGUAUAAUCCAAAUGCUGUUGUUGGACAAGAAUUUCGUUUUCAAGAGCCAAAAUGAAACUGAUUACUCAUUUUUUUGUAUAAAUAUUUAAGGUUAAGUUUGAAGGUGUUCGCGGUAAUGAUUGCCAAGGUGACAUUGCAAUCGAUGCAAUCAGCUUCACUCCAGGAAGUUGCUCAGGUACUGUACUGGUCUACCACUUUUACAAUUUUUUAGUUAAUACAACCAAGUCACUAGAUACCAAUGAUGAUCACAUGUCUGGGUUGUGUUCCAAAACCCUUUCAUCUUCAUAUUUAGGAAAGUAAUAUAUUUAUGAAAGUAUAUAUAUCAUAUUUAGGAAAGUUAUAUUUAACAAAUAUAUAACAUUUUCCGUGUUGAUAUACAGUUAUAUCAACACGAGUGGAAUUGGGAAAACGAGAAAUUGUGUGGAAACACGGCGCCCGAAGGGCGGAGUGUUUUCGUACAAUUUCGAGUUUUCCCAACUUCCACGAGUGUUGAUAUAACUAUAUAUCAAUACGGAAAAAAAUGUUUUAUAUUUUUUUUAUAAUAUAGCAAUGUGAAAAGCCCGAAGGAUAAGAAAAAUUUCCGUGUUUACAAGCGGCGGAAAAUUUCCCGUGUUGACAUUGAGUUAUAUCAACACGGCUCUUAGCCAAUCAGCGUUCAGAAUUUACAAAUGCUAUAUUAUAACACAAUUUGUAAAGAUAAAUAGUCUGGCGAUAAAUAAGUUAGAUAAGUAAGCGUGAUAUACUUGAAUGAUGUAAAAUGACACGGGAAAGCCUCGAUGCCGAGUGAACUGAAUAAUGUGUAUUAUGUAUAUGACUGUAUGUAUCUUUCAAGGUGAGGUCUGUAUACCGACUUACUGCGACGUCCAAUACCUUUUGAGAGGAAUUUGUCUGAAAUUUGCCUUUUGACAGGAUUAUUUGCUUAAUGCAAUUACACAGGGUGUGGUUCCCAAUUCACCCCAGUAAGAGGCCAACGAUAAAUGUGCCCAACAACUAAUAGUUUUUGAUGAGGGAGGAAAACUGGUCGACCCGGAAAAACCCCACAUCUAAGCACAGGAGAGAACUAACCAAUUAAACUCAUAGAGUAACUCAAUGUAAGUAAACGUGAUACGAUGGAUUAACAGCAGCAGGCUCAAUUCAGAGAUAAGGAGCUGACCACAUUUGUCAUUUCAACCGUACUUUCCUAGAUUAUUGUCGGUUGGAUUCACUAGACAGAUUUAGAAAAGACGACGCGACCUCAAAGACGACGUGGAUGUCGUUAUUUGGCGCCAACUAUCGUCAGCUUCUGGUUUGCGACGUCGUCUUGUACGAUUUCACGACGCGAAAAAACAAUUAAUUUUCACGUCCUCUCUAGAACGUCACAGAUUUAUGCUUCUUUUGAAAAACAUAUGAGAGUAUGCGUAAUAAAAAUCAUCGUAUUUUGUUCCCCAUGUAUUGUUUAAUUAUUCUAGUUAAAGUUUUUUCAUUGACAAGGUUGUUUUUCUUGUAUUUUGCUAAAUUUUGGACGUGUUGAUUUUCGACAAAUACUUUCGAUCGCCAUAACAAAUCAACAAAACUCCUAGCAUUGUUAAUAACCACUUCAAUACCGCUAGUAUUCUUCACCAAAACAAACGUUUUAAAACAAACUAAACUGAAGUUAUAUUAACAACUGUUUAAAAUCAGGAAAACUUGGGAAGAUAGAAAAAUAAAAGCACUUAAAAGCAGUAAAAACUCGAUCAAUUUUAGUUGCUCUGUCACAACAGUGCAAAAAAGAAGGACAAGUAAAAACACGCUUUCCAGCGUGAAAAACUAUCGUAAACAGUAUUAAAUUUUACCAAUAUAAACACUGAUGCCAUGAUAUUUAUACUGAACAGUCGACAAACUGUAAUGACUGAAUAGGCUACAAAUAAAACAUUUAGCUAGCAAACAAUUCCUGCAGCUAUUGUAUUUAUUCCAAAUGUGAAAUGAUGCAACAAAGUUCACUUUUCAAAAUACCGAAAUAUACGUCUUUUUCCAAAAAAAACUUAACAUUGAAUGUUCAUACUAAUUCAUCAGGAAACAUUUGGUCAGUAUUAUAUAGCCUUUUCUUGCACAUAUCUUGACAACUGAUUGAAAACAAUACAGGAAUGAGCAGUUAACAAGAAAACAAAAAUUUGCUUCGAAAAAGACAAACAAGCGGUCCCAGAUUGAAACCCGGAAGUGAGCGCGAGGUGCAUACGUCAUUUUCACGUCGUCUUAGACGUCUUUUCUAAAUAUAUCUACUAGUUAUUGCGUGACGCCCGUAUUAUGUUUCCAUCUUCGUUUCCACCCAUAUGCAGUGUUUUCGUUUCCCCACUUGGCUUCGCACUUGCUGAGGCCAGGGCGGGAUUGAUGUAGAGUUAAAUGAGACCAAACUGGAAAUGAGUCAGGUCUGUACACAUGCUAGCCAUCCAUUGGUCACGCUCCGGCAUAAACUUACACACGUAAAAACGCACAAGUUGUUACAAGUAUGCAAACAAGUUGUUAUAAAUCUGUUCACAAACUGUCGACAAGUUGUCUUCGCACUGCUUGUUCCCAUGCAGUUGUCGAACAAGUUUGGAAGGAGCUGUUAACAACUUGUAACAAGCUUGAUGGCAUUAUCAGACAUGUCACAAGGUUGUUCUAACAAGUCUGAUGCAGUCAUGAUGAAAGGUUGACGACACAAUUAAGGUUUAACGAUACAGCUAUAUCAUGACUGUAUCGGACUUGUUGGCACAACCUUGUAACAAGCCUGAUAAUUAAUUAAAUUUAUUGUACGAUCAUCCAGAUUAAAUUUUUAAUUGUUUCUGACGUUUCGGCUACCUAUACGGCAGCCAUUAUAAAUUUAAUCUGGAUGAUCGUACAAUAAAUUAAAUUAAUGAAAGAACCCGGAUUCAAGCCCUUCAGUGAAGCCUGAUAAUAUCAACAAAGUUGUUACAAAUUGUUAGCAGCUUGUUCCAAACUUGUUGACAACUUGGGAUAAGCAAGCAGUGCGAACACAACUUGUUGACGGCUUGUUAUAGCAGACUUGCUACAAGAUGUGAGAUUUUUACGCGUGCAUGUGAAGAGCUAAUGACUUUUUUCGAUCGAUUGUCCAGUCAAGUCAAGCACGACUAUAAGCUCUCGCAUCAGAGGCGUAGCCAGGAAUUUUGGUCAGGAGGGGCCAGCAAAAACCCAGGUGGGGCCAUGCCGCCAGUGACUCGAGACGCCAAGGCCGUCAAUCCAUACCAAAAGGUGGGGGGUGGGGACGGACUAGUAUUCCAAAUUAGGAAGGUCCGGUGGUAUGCUACCCGAAAUUUUUUAUUUUUGGUACACUAAAGGGCAAUUCCAGCGUUUUGGAGGCACUUGUAAAGUUAUACUACAAUUUGCUGAUCUUAAAUCCAUUUUUAACCAUGUGAGAAAUCCGCUAAAAAACAAGGUUGUGCAAGUGGGAUAAAGCACAUCAAAGUUGUUAAUUAAUUAUAUUAGUUGUUAGUUAUUCAUUUAGUUAGAUUUAAUGCUAUGUACAACUUUUAUAAUUGGGAUCAGGCGAAAAACUACAAAAAUGGAAUCUUUUGGCUUAAAAUUUUACUGUAUAUGAACUUUUGAAAAUGGUAAAUUUUAAAUCUUAAUUAAGUCGUUAAAUUAGUAAAUUAUUUACUAUUAUGUCGAUUAGCUCGAUAAUUGAUGUAUAAUAGUUUAAAAUAUAUUAUCACCUUCUUUACUGUAAAUAUACAUACUGUAUAUAGUACCUUCCUUCCUUUGAAUAUAUAUAAUAAAAUUUAUAUGCAUGUUAAUGUUUUAUUUUAUAUUUGUUAUAUACUUUUAUCCUUAUUCAAUAUAUAAUAAUUCGAACUGACUAAAUAUAAGAAUGAAAUAAUGUAAGUAUAGGGGCAUAAACGAAAACAAGCAAAACGAAUUAUUGUCUCAUUUACUGCAGCUUGCCAGUUAGAACAGGAAGUCAAUACGACCAAUAGUGCCUUUAUGUAAAUGUUUGUAAAUUACAUGCAGAUGUCCAAUUUGAAUUCAAUUUGAAUAAUUUUUACUAUUCACAUAAUUAACAUAUGCUAUGUCAGUAUUUGCUCCCAGGGGCUCCCAAAAGGUCAUACGUUGUACUUCAUAUUAUUAAAUGUCUGGAUGAAUAGCAUAGCAGGCAUUAGGUUUUUAGAUUACCAAGAAACAAAAUUUCAUUAAACAUGUUAAACGCCCAUGCGAGACGCAAAGUUCGCGCAAGGCAUUCUGUCCAGUGCUGGGUAAAAUUGUUAAAAUUAAUUGUCGACACAUGUGAUUUUUCACCGAGCCCGCGUUAAAAAUUCACUGGUAACAAAAUCAGAUUGGUCUAAACUUCGUUUAACCCUCAUUUAAUACAUAUUGAAAUAAUUAUGGAAAUAAUUAGGGUUAGAAAAGGUAUGUGUUUCAAGCUGUGUGCCGCAAAUAAGCGAACAAGAUUUUAGGUUUCACACUGAUGCGCAGCAAAGCAUAUAUUCUACAGAAUUUUUGCAUUACUGACAGCAUGAAGCAAUAUAAUCAAGGAUUCCCUUUUUUAUACAAUACUUUUUUUAUCAGAGGGGGCCCAAAAUUCUUUCCAGGGGGGGCGGGCCCCCCGGCCGCAGCCCUGGCUAUGCCUCUGUCUCGCAUUUGGAUAAAUAGGAUUAUUGACUGAGUAAAACAAAUACUAAUAAGUUGUUGGAGAUCGUGGUGCUAUGUUUAAAAUAUACAAUAACUAUUUACAUGUAAUAUUAUAGGAACAGUUUUUCAGAUGAUAAUACGCAAGGUGCCGACUUUAAGUUAAUUUAAUCCAUUAAUAAUUUAAUCCUUAAUUUCAUUUCACUUAGCCAAUUGUAACUUUGACAAAGGAGAUACCUGCAAUUAUCAAAAUGGUGCUGGACAGUUUAAUUGGACAGUUAAUAGAGGCCCAACACCCAGUAGGGGAACAGGACCAAGCUCUGACGUCAGCGGCAGAGGUAAACUAUGAAAUAAACUUUUAGGUCUUAGAAACAGUGAAUGAUAUGAUUAGGGUUACGAUGGGUUUCUUUAGCAUUUAGUUUGGACAUUUACGAUAAAUUUGAUGUGAAGUAGAACUUUGUGACGUUACAAUUAGUUUUUUUUUGGUCAAUGAAAGUAUUUUUCCAACUUUUUACAGGUUUUUAUCUGUUCAUCGAAGCUUCAAGUCCACAACUGUUCGGUGAUAAUGCUACAAUUUUAACACCUUACUUGAACGGCCCACAAUGCAUGAAAUUUUCUUACCAUAUGUACGGCGGUGAUAUUGGAGUUUUGAACAUCUAUGCCAAUAACCAAAGGAUGUUUUCAAGAUCGGGAAAUCAAGGAAAUCGAUGGGUGGGUGUGGAAACGCCGAUUUUACAAUUUGGAAGUUAUAUGGUGAGUAAAGAAAGCAACAUUUCCAUGACAUGCAGACAAUAAGACAAUAUUUGAGGCAAGGGCACUCUCGUUUCAAAACGGGAGGGAAGAAGGGCCCGAGGAAACUUCGGUACGAACAUUCGUCAUUCUUUUAUUGGGUCUGAAUUGACUCUGAAAUCACGAUAUUUUUUAAACUAACCCGAAAGGAUAAUCCAAAGCUGUUGUUGGACAAGCAGGGCUUAAAAACUAAAUCAGAAACGCUGUACGAGGUCGUACGUUCUGUACUAAGUUGACUACGUUUAAUCGAUGUUGAAGUACGAUUUUGUAUAUACAAGUUUUCGUAUAAAAUUCCCGUAUAAGGUAGCGGUCAUUAAUUAUUAGGGGGGGGGGCGGUAAAAUAUCUAAAACGAGGGCCCAAAAAUGUUGACCCCCUUUCAAAUUAUCGCCCAAUAAUUUUAGCCCCCCACAAAAUAAUAGCCCAGAAAAUUGUGACCCUCCCCUUCCUUAGAUAGCUUCCUUCAAAUCGGUCAAGCAUCAAACAGCGACAUAAUUUCGUCAAUAAAAUAUGGCUAUAUAGUAUAAAACACUCCUAUACAUGCAUUAAAUAGUACAUCAUUUGAAAUCUUUAUGUAAAUUAGUCUAUAGCACUGGCUCGUCCCUUCCAUGUCCGGCAAACUCUACCAGAUCUUGUGGUCUGCAAAAGGUUGGAAAUGUUCUCUUCCUCCUCCUCCUCUUCUCCCGCAUCACCUUCAUAAAUUUGUCCUUCAUCGUCGUCGGAAUCAAUAUCAUCCUCAUCACUUCCAAUCUCCUGCACGACAACAUCGUCGUCACCAGAAUCCUGGUCGUUACUAUCUCUGUCAUCAUCAGAAAGUUGACGGUUAUCAGGGACUAGCGACUUUGCUAUGUCAAGUGAUACGAUAUCGACUUUUUCUUGCUUUAACGCCCCUUUCGACUGCUUCAAAUUUCUCAUUGAUAUAUACAUGUCCAAUACAACAACUUUCAGUUUCUUUAUUUUUCCUUCCCUGUAAAUAGCUUUCCAGUUGUAAUCUUCAAAGGUCUUUCUCUUUUCUUCCAGAUUUGCGCGCUUUCUGCUAUCUUCCCUCUUUUUUUUUCCUUCUUUCUAGUUCGCGAAGAUGUUCCAGGUACUGUGUAACCAGCCUUUUUUCCACCACAUACUUUUUGCUGAACUCUUCCACGUCGUCAUCGUCAUUCAUAUUUCAUGUUGGUCCAUACUGGGAAACCUCUGGAUGUAUACCUUACUGUCAACCAAUAUGUGACUCAGACUGAUCACGUAUAUGUUUUUAUACUACAGACCAUAUAUUUGUAAGAUUUCCGUUUGUUAGAUUUUAUUGUACCGCAUAUUAUUGACAUGAAACAAUGUACACCAUAUUGCUGAAAUUAGCAAUGAACUAUACAGGCUCGGCAAGUGAGGAAAUAUACGAGUAUCAACUAGUUGUUAUACUUGACAUUACAUGUAUAAAAUAUGAUUUAUUAUCGUUGGUGAAAGAAAUUGUUCUGGUGUUGGUGAAAUAAAUUUCGUUUUAAUUAUCUCUGCAUGGAAGCCUUCAUUCAUUAUCCGUGUCCGUACACAAAUUGGUCAUUGAAAUAUAACUUUUUUACUGAAAUAGGUGCCCAAAUAUUUGUGGCCCCCCUUCUAGAUGGGCACAAAAAAAUUUGGCCCUCCCCAAAAGGGGGUCCAACAAAUGGUAGCCCUCCCCCUAAAUUUACCGGCCCUCCCCCCCCCCAAUAAUUAAUGACCGCUCCCUAAAAAUGCGUUUGAAGUGCUGGAUAUAAAGGACGUAAACAAAGAUGGCGGUCCGGGAUGCAAGCAGUCAACUCGGUGUUUCUAUAGACACAUGUUUCCAUGUUUGAUUGUUAUAAAUACUUUAAUUUAUAUGUCAGGAUCAGGGUUAGAGGCAAAUGAUUGUUCAUUGUUUGAAGGAUUUUAAGGCAAACAGAAGGGGUAGCGGUUCAGCUCUGCUGUAGGAAGUGCAUGUACGCGACCGUACUUGUCUGAAAUUCUUGGCGUAUGCCAAGUUAAUUUCCGCGUACAAUCGUAUGUCCGUACGCCUAUUCUUGAAGCCCUGACAAGGAUUUCGUUUAAAUUUCGUUUUGAAGAGCCAAAAUAAAACUGAUUAAUCAAUUUUGCUAUCAAUAUUUAAGGUUAAGUUUGAAGGUGUUCGCGGACAUGAUUGCCAAGGUGACAUUGCAAUCGAUGCAAUCAGCUUCACUCCAGGAAGUUGCUCAUUCCAAACACCAAAACCAUCAACACCUCGACCAACAAACCCUCAAACAGCAUCAACACAAUCUCCGACACAAGCAGGUACUGUAGUUGUCUACCACUUUUACUAUUUUUUAGUUAAUACAACCAAGACACUAUAUACCAAUGAUAAUCACAUGUCCGGUUUGUUUUCCACUACCCUUUCAUCUUCAUAUUUAGGAAAGUAAUAUGUUACCAUGGGCGUACCGGAAGGAAAAAAUUAGGGGGGGGGGGCGGAAAUAAAUUUGCCCGACUUUUCCGGAUUGUGCCCGACUAGUAAAUUUUCCGGGAAAAAUUAUUUCGGCGACCUCCUCGUAUUUUAAUACGUCAAAUUUGACCAAUCAACUUGUAGGAUUUGUUAACAGCUUAAAAGCUGUUAUAUUCACCUGCAGGUGAAUAUAACAAAACCGAAAUUUUCAAGAUGGCGGCUAACCGUUUUGUGGACGUUAUACUGAUAAAGAAAAAAGCGAAAUUAUAAUAAAUUCAGUCCCAAAAAAAAAAUACUAAUAAAAACAAUUAUUCGCCUCAGGCUCGGUGAUUCGAUCACCUAACCUUCGGCGAAUAAUUGUUAAAUGUCAAUAUAAAGUCGAUAAAACGUUCAGAAUACGUUAUCCCGCGCAGAAGCCUGGUUCUAGUUUAGUAUAUACCAUAUAUAGGAAAGUAGUAUCACAAUUUUGUAAAGAUAUUAAAUAGUCUGGCAAGUAGGUAAGAUAAGUAAGCAUAAUACUAAUUGAUGUGAAACGUCACGGAAAAGCCCCGAAUGGCGAGUGAGCCGAAAAAUGUGUGAGUAUGUAAUAACUUGCUUCGUUGGUUGUCUCACUUCUUCCGCGAUAGAUGGUUGUGGUGCUGCAGGUGACUGUGGUGCUGGGCCCCAGGGAAUAUCACUAGAAACUAAAGGUGUCUCCAGGGGAACAAUCCCCUGAUUUCCACUGUCCACUUGUGGGGUUAGAUCCUGAUCUGUACGGAUUCUGGACGUCUUCGCAUUACUUCAGCAGUGCUCAGCCUCACUCUAGCAGAACAGGACCAGUUUUAUGAAGCACAGUUCCAGACAUCCAAGAUUUUGGACGUCUGAAAUCUUUGAUAUAAACAGUGUCAUCCCUUGUAUUUCCCGAUGUUUAGCAUGAUAAUCAUGGGAUGGUUUUUGUUGUGUUUGCUUUUCCGCAACUUGGUCACUAACGUUUGGGUGGAGUAGGUCCAAAUUGAUGAGUGUGUAGUUUCCGAUUCAUCAACAACUGAACCGCUGGAACUCCCGUGGUGGAAUGUGAGGUGAUCCGAUACUUGAGAAGAAAUCUAGCCAGCUUGGUUUUUAGACUUCCUCCCUCCAUUUUCGCUAACCCUUCCUUGAAUACACGAACUGCCAGCUCUGCUUGACCGUUAGAGGCGGGAUGAUACGGUGAUACUUCAAUAUGUUUAAUGCCAUUCUGACUCAUACUGUAAAUAGCUCAAAUUCGCUGCUCGAAAAGUUAGUCCCAUUGUCACUAACGACCGUCUUGGGUAAUCCAUGGGUCGCAAAGAUUUCUCUUAACUUUUCAAUUGUAACUUUUCAUCACGUAUACUUCCAGCCACUUUGAAUAGGCGUCUACUAGCACAAGGAACAUUUCUCUUUUGUACGAUCCAGCAUAACCUAUAUGAACUUGUGACCAUGGCUGGUCUGGCCAUUCCCAGAGAUGCAGUGGUAUGAAUAAAUAGUAAUAUGAAUUAUUUAUUAUUAUAUAGGGGCAGUGCUCUGAACGUUAUGUACUAGCUUGUUUGUAGUUAUUUAGUUAGCGCAAUGUUUUUAAAGAACGAAGCAAUAAUAUAUACAAUAAUAAUAUGAGUGAUUAAACGCAUCCUCAGCUUCUAUUUGCGGACCGUACGAAUUUAUCGGCUUGUGAAUCGUCUUAUACGAGCCGUACGAACGAUCCGUCAAACUAUUGGUCAUCUGGGCAACAAGCAUCCGCUAUAUUGGAGACCACCUAUUGCAUUUACGAGUUGAUACGGAUCGUGACUCGUGUUUACGGUCGAAGCUGUAAUAUAGUAAUAUGAAUUAUUUAUUAUUAUAUAGGGGCAGUGCUCUGAACGUUAUGUACUAGCUUGUUUGUAGUUAUUUAGUUAGCGCAAUGUUUUUAAAGAACGAAGCAAUAAUAUGAGUGAUUAAACGCAUCCUCAGCUUCUAUUUGCGGACCGUACGAAUUUAUCGGCUUGUGAAUCGUCUUAUACGAGCCGUGCGAACGAUCCGUCAAACUAUUGGUCAUCUGGGCAACAAGCAUCCGCUAUAUUGGAGACCACCUAUUGCGUUUACGAGUUGAUACGGAUCGUGACUCGUGUUUACGGUCGAAGCUGUUUCACGAUCCGUACCACGACACUUUUGAGACUUAAGGCUAGUUUACACUCAGGAAAAUUAUCCGCGGAUUGAAACGGACAAGAAAAUUUUUCUUUGUAUUAAAUUCAUUAGUUCCAACCCAGAGCUCACAAGACAAAGAAAAACUUUCUUGUCCGUUCCAAUCCACGGGUAAUUUCCCUGAGUGGAAACUAGCCUUUAAGCCGGUUUUCCACUUCGCCCGUAUCGUACCGAAACGUACUGGUGAGCAUGCGCAGAUUGAAAAGAGGUUUGUAAAUCUACGUAUUUCCGGGUGUAUUGGCGUAUCAAAAUAAAAAGUUCGUCGCAAGUCAACUUUUUGGCAUACUACGGAAAUACUAACCAAUCAACAUCAAGAAAUUUUGAAAUUUAAAAACGUUUUCGCUACGUUACGGUACGGUAUGGUACGGUACGGUACGGUACGGUGCGGUACGCUUGAAGUGGAAAACCGGCUUAAGUCGGAGAUAUCAAGUUACGAAUAUAUCUCUCCAUGCGUACCGAUGGAGUAGAUUCGACAUUAUUUGACAUGUAUGUGGCUAUGGAAAGUGCUUCGAGAGAAGUGUGGGUGAUUUGCAUAUGACAAAAACAAAUCAUACAAAUUCGGCUGACAAAGCUGACAAAGUCACGCAUGGGAAACAAGCAUUAUUUGGCAAGGAAAAUCAAGAAUGUUACCGUUGCGGAGGAGACCACGAGCCUUUUACUUGCAAAUUUAAGGAUGCGAAGUGUUAUGGCUGAAAAAGAAAGGCCGCACGGCGAAGAAAUGUAGAAAUCGGAAGAUAGAUCAAGAAAAGAAACCAUUCAGAAAGGAUGAGAGAAAAGCACAGAAGUCGGCGAAUUAUUUUAUGAAGCAAGAGGAGGGGGCCUAUACAAUGUACCAUGUGACCGGAGACAAAAAUAAGGCAAUUACUUUUGACAUUGAUCUGUGGGGUACAACACAAACAAUGGAUCAGAACUUGACACUGGGGCCUCCAAGACAAUCUUGAAUCAUCGGACAUAUUCGGAGUUGCGUGAGAAAUUGUGACCGUUAAUGAAGACGACUGCACUUUUAAGCACGUACACAGGAGAACGAAUUCCGGUGGCUGGAAUUGUAUCUGUCCCGAUUAAGUAAGGAGAUCAGGAAGCAAAUCUAUCAGCUUUAGUUAUACGGACUAACGGACCGAACGUAUUUGGUCGUGAUUGGCUUAGAAUAAUCUGAAUUAACUGGAGUCAAAAAAAAGAAAAUUCAAUAUCAAAGCUGAGCAACAAGUUGAGAACCAUGGCCUACAGCGAGUGCUAGAAGUAUUCCAACACGAAUUGGGAACUCUACAGGGCAUGGAAGCGAAAAUUUACGUCGAUGAACGAAGCAACACCAUGAUAUUUCAUGGCACGCCCGAUUCCGUAUGCAUUCAAGAAAGGGAUCGAGGACGAACUUGAAUGAUUGGGAAGAGGGGAUAAUUUCCCCAGUGGAAUUUUCCGAGUGUGUUGCGCCAGUUGUACCAGUGAUAAAAACUAAUGGAGAUGUCAGAAUUUGUGGUGACUAUAAAUGUACUGUAAACCAAGUGUCAAAACUGUACAAUUGUCCAAUUCCCAAGACGGAGGAUUUGUUAGCUACAGUACCCUGGAUGCUGGAAAGAAAUUUACGAAGUUAGAUAUGUCGCAAGCAUAUCAACAAUUGAAAUUAGAUGAAGAUUCCCAGAAAUAUACCACAAUCAACACGCAUAAGGGGUUGUUCCAGUAUAAUCAGUUAUCGUUUGGAGUUUCAUCGUCUCCUGGCAUCUUCCAACGAGCGAGCAAUUGAGAAUUUAUUGCAAGGUAUCCCACAUGUCGUCGUGAGAAUUGACGAUAUAUUGGUCAGCGGUGAAAAUUAUGCAGCUCAUUUGGACAAUCUGAGUUCGGUUUAUUAUACAUGAAUAUUCCAUAAGCUAUUACAGUAUGUGUGCGUAUCUUCCAAGGUCUGUAUAUCGACUUACUGCGACGUCCAAUACUUUUUGACAGGAAUUUGCCUUUUGACAGGAAUUUGCCUUUUGACACGAAUCUUGCUUAAUGCAAUUACACAGGAUGUGGGUUCCAAUUCACCCCAGCAAGAGGUUAACGAUAAAU